AAAUCUUUGGAUGCUUUAGCCCAGUUAUAUUAUUAUUACUAGCUUGGAUAUCUGGUGUUGCCUGGGGGUAUUUGUAUAAUUUUUUGAUUAUACAAAAUGCAUCAUGUUGUGGGUGAACUACAACUCACAUCAUGCCAGGUUAACCCCCUGAAACUCCAUCAGUAGUUAAAGUUUGCUGUGUUUGCCAAGUUUGCUCUGGAUGCAUCAUCGGUGGGGUUCAAUGUUCUCUCUGGCUGUAGGGUAAACUACAAGUCCCACUAUGGUGAGUCAAACCCCUCCAGUAGGUUGAGUGAGUCAAGGGAGUUCUGUGUGCCAAGUUUGGUCCAGGUCUAUCAUUGGUGGAGGUCACAGUUUCUCUGGUUGUGGAACUACAACUUCCAGAAAAGAAGGUCUUUUCCUUGCCCCAAAUCCCUCCAGUAAUCAUACGGCAAAUCAGGUAUGUAUGCCAAGUUUGGUCCAGAUCCAUCGAUGUUUGGGUUCACAGUACUCUCUGGGUGUAGGUGAACUACAACUUCCCCAAAUCCAGGUGAAUUCCCCCAAAGACCUCCAGUAUUUUUUGCUGGUCAUGGGGACUCUGUGUGCCAACUUUGGUCCAAUUCCAUCUUUGAUGGAGUUCAGAGUGCUCAUUGAUUGCAGGUGAACUAUAAAUCCCAGUACCUACAACUCCAAAAUGUCUAGACCAAUUUCCCUCAAACACCAUCAGUAUUCUAAUUUGGGCAUAUCAGAUAUGCAUGCCAAGUUUGGUCCAGAUCCAUCAUUGUUUGGGUUCAUAGUGUGCUCUGGAUGUAGGUGAACUACAACUCUUAUAAAUCCCUCCAAAGACCUCCAGGAUGUAUUAUUGGUCAGGGGGGUUGUGUGUGCCAACUUAGUUCCAGGUCCAUUGUUGAUGGAGAUCAGAGUGCUCUUAAAUUGCAGGUGAACUAUACAUCCCAUACCUACAACUCCUAUAAAUCAUGAUGAAUUCUCCCCAAACCUCUCCAGUAUGUUCUGUUGCUGAUCAAUUCCUGUUUGCUGUGUGCCAUAGAAAAGAAUAGGAAAGGGUUAUGGGAGUGACAGUGGGCGGCGUCAUGCAAAUUCCACACCAAUGGAGUGAGUAAGAAACACUGGGCUGUCUGUCGUGGAGGAAACAUGGAAAAUAUAGGAUGAAAUGGUUGCCGUAUGAAAGCCUUCACUUGGGUGGAGGGCAGUAUGGUGUUGGUGGAGGACAUUGUCAGGCGUCUUGGACAUGUUCAUGGCGCUCACUAGAACCUGCAAUGUCAUUGGAGGGAGGGCCUUUGGUGUCUCCUGAGUAGUGGGGGCUAUACCUGUUUGUGGGGGCAGGAGCUUGUCUGUGUAAGUGGACACCCUAGCCACACAUACACAUAUAUUUUUUUCACUUUUAUUAUGUGUGUAGAUGUUUGUUUAUUUAUACCCUGCUUUAUCUCUCCCAAAGGAGACUAAAAGCGAUUAUAUACAAUGACAUAUCAAAAUAGUUUGUAGCACUGUUUGUCACUUUGUGUCUCUGCAAAGCGGCAUACCAAUAAUAAUAAUAAUAAUAAUAAUAAUAAUAAUAAUAAUAAUAGCAGCUCAAACAGGUGCCAAACUGGUUGAUACGGGGUUCCCUGCUCAAAUAUGAGAAUUGCAUUUCCAUUCAUUUCCUCCCUCGUCAUGGGAGGGAGGAAGUGAAUAUUUGGUCUCCGUUUAUCUCCUGGAUUUGACUGAAGUCAGAUUGCGAAAAGAAUAGGAGCAAACCACAAGGAACAUCCACAGAAAAGGUCUAUCUGGCCGCUUGAAAACCUCCAAAGAAGGUGAGUCUCUCCACUGUCUUCCAUUGUUGAGCAACUCUUUUUAAGAGCCACGACUUUCUUCCUAAUGGAAUAGAAUAUCGAAGUCGUUUCCGAAUUACAAGGCAUUUAUCCACGAGCUUGGCUCCGUUUUGCCAUUGCUGUCCUAUGAGACCAAUAAAAACAAUAGCAAAUCGGAGUCCUUUCUGACUUACAGGGCAUUUCUCAUCAAGUUUUGUUCCUUUUUCCAUUGCCUUCCUAUAAAGCCGGUAAGAAGAGAUCACAAUAGCAAAUUGGAGUUGUUUCUGACUUAACGGGCAUUUCUUGGCGAGGUUUGUUCCUAUGAAUGGGACCCAAAUAAGAUUUAUUUCUAUGGCAGAGUGAGGAUUCAAACUCAGAUCUUGGUGGAGUUUGAUACUGAAACCCGAACAGAGAAUAUUUGGAGGACAAUGUUUCCCAAACCCCAUCAAGGCAAGGGCUUACUUGACGGCUGGAAGGCCGCCCCCUCUGGUUCAUUCCCCAUCUCCUCUCGUUGGUUUGAGGGGGUUUGGAGCCCAUUUCCCACCCUGCAUCCUGCACAAAACCCAUCCUCCCCAAGGCUUGGGCUUGGCUGGGUUGCUAAGGGGAUGGUUGCCGAGAGGUCUGUCUGGCAAACAAUGCUCACCCAAGGAGGAGGGCCUUUGCUCCUUUCUGUCUUGUCCAGCCAGAGGAAAGCCAGCUGCUCUUUCUCCCCCAAGCUGGCCUUGGUUGGGAUGAACGAUGGCGUACUCGGGGCUGAACUAUCGGGAUUUGGUCCUCGACCGGCCUUACGUCACUCCCAGCACCUUGGAGGCCUACUUCCCCACCCCGCACUACAGCGAUGAGUAUUUGUCGGUGAGGGGUGCCCAGAACACCCCCGCCGUCAGCCAAGCCGUACGCUGGAAAUGCACCCCAAUGGGGCGGGACGCCAUCCCCCAGACAUGGUACACGGGGCUAACAAACAGCCACAACCGCGAGGCCUGGUACACGCUGACCGACACCAUCGGCCGGGAGCCCUACCACCGCUGGCAGAAGACCCACGCCAAGCGGGAGAAGGAUCUGGCCCCAGCUUAUUGGCAGCAUUUGCAAGAUAGCAGCUUUUACGACCCGAUUGUGCCGGCCCAGACCUUGGAUAUGAAUACGCGUUGGGGGGCUUUUCUCUGGAGGGACAAGCCCAUCCUUGGGAAAGAAUACGUUGUCAACCGCAACCGAUGCACUGAGGACUUAAAAGGGAAGCCAGGAUACGUUCCAAAUUUGUGUUUCCACGUCCCGGAGUUCGCCCAAAAGGACUACCGCACUUGGAGGAUGUUUAGUCACCAGCCCUCCACCAGGAACCAGUAAAGCCUUCUUUCUUCUCGGCACAAA